AUGCAUUUAUGGAAUAUAAUAUAUACAAAAGUUUCGAGUACGAAAAACACAAUGGGGUUUUCUGCAUUGAAUAAAAUAUCAUUAAAGGAAGGAUUGUCUGGUAUUUUUGGGUCUAUUUCUCUUGCUUCAUGGAUUAUUACGGUGUAUCCACAGUUAAUUGAGAAUUACCGGCGAAAAUCUGGUGAUUCAAUAUCACUUCCGUUCUUGUUUUUAUGGCUUGUGGGUGAUAUAUUUGGGUUGAUAGGGUAUGUUAAGAAUUGUGUGGGAGAAGUGCUUAAUGGAAGAAAGAUCAGUAUGGGGGAAGCUUAUACAUAUUAUUAUUGUUAUCCAGUUUUGUAUUAUAAACAUCGAUAUCAUUUGCGGAAUAAUGUACAAGAAAAAGUAUUUAAAGGGACGACACCAUUACAAGUAUUUUUGUCGAUGCUGAUUGUAAUUGUGUUUGGUGUUCUUGGUUGGAUUAUUACGGUUGCAAUUGGUGGAGUGAAAAAGCCUGAUACACAAACACCUAAUUCUGUCGGAUUUUUAGUAUUUGGCUAUAUUGGUGCUUUUUUAUAUUGUAAGUUGUUGAUUGGUAAUCAUAUGUAUCUAUUUUUAACUGAUUGGUAUAUAGUAUUUGCGAGAAUUCCACAGAUUAAGAAAAAUUUUGAAAGCAAAUCGACAGAAGGUUUAUCUCUUUUAUUUUUUGUUUUUACGCUUUUGGGGAAUAUUACUUAUGCGAUAAGUAUUUUAUUAAUCGAUGUAUCACGCAAAUAUAUUAUGAUGAAUCUCCCAUGGCUAUUAGGAAGUCUUGGAACGUUAUCCAUGGAUAUAUUGAUAUUUUUUCAAUUUAUGAUAUACAAACGAAAAGAAAAUGGAAAUUCCACUUGA